CAGAUUGGAUGUACCGACUUCAGAAAAGUCCCAUGGUCAUAGAACAAAACGGAGAACACCAUGUUCGUGAGAGUCAUCUUUCCAUAGUGCGGUCAUAAUAGUUGGGACACUACUGGCGUUUUCGUAAGAAGACCGAUUUUUGGGGAUGUCUCAUGGUCUGACAAACACAACUCUAGUUCUGCCACCUUCCAACUUUCACAGAUGCGGAAGGACGACAUCGGCGGAUGUAUUUGAUUGAGACGUAGCCCGUGCAAAAUAAAUGUUCAUUGUUUGUGCUGCUGGCAGAAUACUAGUCCCAAACGUCGGUGUUUUAGUAGCCCGUAUUCAGGAUUUGUGAACAAAACCAACGGCUCACCAUCGAGUCUUUCCACGAAGAAAUACCUUCACCGGGUUCUCUAAAGAGGAACUCUCUGUCUGUAGAUGAACAACCACGGGAAUAAGAGGGCACCGACCACAGCCACCCAGAGACUAAAACAGGACUACCUCAGGAUAAAGAAAGACCCUGUGCCUUACAUCUGUGCUGAACCCCUACCAUCCAACAUCCUCGAAUGGCACUAUGUUGUUCGAGGUCCUGAGAAAACCCCAUACGAAGGGGGAUAUUAUCAUGGCAAACUAAUAUUCCCUCGGGACUUCCCCUUUAAACCACCCAGUAUCUACAUGAUCACACCUAACGGGAGAUUUAAGUGUAACACACGGUUAUGUCUGUCCAUCACUGAUUUCCACCCGGACACGUGGAACCCAGCCUGGUCCGUCUCCACCAUCCUGACUGGUCUGCUCAGCUUCAUGGUAGAGAAAGGCCCCACUCUGGGCAGCAUCGAGACCUCAGACUACACUAAACGACAGCUGUCAGCCCAGAGCUUGGCUUUCAACCUAAAGGAGAAGGUUUUCUGUGAUUUGUUUCCUGAUGCCGUUGAUGAGAUAAAGCAGAAACAGAAGGCCCAGGAGGAAUUGAACGCCCGUCCCCUCCCCCUCCCCGACGUGGUUCCUGACGGCGACCCUCACCACGGCAACUACGGAAUCCCCGCCCUCAACGGAGGCCACGGCCCUCUGGGCCCUGCUAACCCCGCCCCCGGCCUCCAGCAGGCCAAUCGAAACCACGGACUGCUGGGCGGCGCCUUGGCCAACCUGUUUGUGAUUGUAGGGUUCGCGGCGUUUGCCUACACGGUGAAGUACGUGCUGCGGAGCAUCGCCCAGGAGUGAGAGAUGAAGAAGAAGAGGAGCAGAGGGUCAGCUACAGGACUAUUAUAUGAUUUAAACACAUUAUUGAUAGAAAUUCCGAGCCACCCCCCUGAAUGAGGGAUGGAGGAGCAGGUGGCGGGGGUUUGGGGGGUGGGGAUGACUGGGACAGGGUUGUUUGGGAUCACGGUUGUUGAUCCACUCUGUGUUUUCGGUGGUUAUGACCUUAUAGAAGAAGAAGAGCUUGGCUCAUGGGUUGACCGCUGGCUCAGAACAUUUUAAAGUACAUACAUAAAGUAAUUGUUCUUCUCUGCCUAAUUACUCUGAAGCCACUGUGUUGUUGGUGUUCUGUGUGCUAUAUAAAUUUUCAAUCUAUUGUGCCGCCAUAUUGGUGGAUCCCUGUAAAAAAGAAUCAUGUGGAAUUUGGAACCAUGUUUCUGUUCUGCCUGUUCCAGUUCUACAAAGUAUGUCUUAAGUGGGGAUAGAUAGCCCUCUGUUUCCCGGGAAACAAACCCCCCCCCCCCCUGAGGGUGUCCUGAGAAACACACAGGAAGGAGUCUGUUUAAUAUAAGGUCAAUGAAACCCUGGCUUUUUAAGUAGGCUCAUUACAACAAGAGAACCUGUUUUAUUCAACACCCCCCCCCCCCCCCAGGUUUUCGGGAAUGAGUUGUGAGUCCUAAAUCAGUUGUCACUGUGUGGUGUUGAGCAAAUACAACAAGGCAGAUCUCUCUGUUUGCUUCCCAAAUGGCACCCUAUUCCCUAUGUAGUACACUACUUUUGACCAGGACCUAUAUGGAUGUGGUCUAGAGUAGUGCACUAUAAAGGGAAUAGGGUGCCAUUUUGAGACACCGCCUCAGUCUCGUCGGCUGUGGCUUUUUUCCAAAAUGGCUGACCCCCCCCCCCCCCCCCCCCGAGUGUCUUCUUCAGAAUGCGUUCAUAAUACCACUGUCCCGCUUCAUUUACCCUCUCGUCUGGUUUAAACCAUAUACACGACACAGGUUUGGCCCAUGUUAAUCACUGACAAUGCUGUCUUAAAGGGGUUAGUUGGAAAAGAGUGGGAUUGUAGGCUAAUGAGGAAAUUGGUUUGAAAUUACGGAAGUCAUUAGUCAUGGGAUAUGUUGCAUAAGAAUGGAAGACGCAGGGAACCGAACCGCUUAUCCAGCCUUAGACAGACAGACAAACAACAUGCCCUGUCUGUCUGUCUGUCUUUACAAUGCUACUGACCCACUCAAACGUUUUGAAAAGAGACUAAUGGACAUGGUGGAUAGGUUAACUAUAGUAGUGGUAUAAUUAGGUUACAAAUAGUAACCUACUUAAUUUAUAUAGUGAUCUCAAAGGAAGUUGUUUCAGCCUUUAUACAUUUAAUUACACAGAUCAUAAAUAUGAAGGCAACAUGUAAAGUGUUGGUUUCAGGAGCUGAAAUAAAAGAUCCCAGACAUGUUCCAUACGCA